UCACGUGUUUUUUAAGGUUACGUUAUUAUUUUCCCAUUUGUUUACAAGCGUGAAACUGUUACAAAAUAUUUGUAUACAGUGCUAAGUUUGGGUACUGAGGAAGCUUUUGACAUUGUAAAUUAAGAAUGGUGCGAAAUUACGUUCGUAAAACCGAUAGAGGGGGUUGGACGGAAGAGCAGAUGAAGAAUGCUGUUUUAGCUGUAGUGGAAAAUAAAAUGGGUUAUUACUUAGCUGCAAAAUCUUUUGAAGUUCCUCAAACUACGUUGGAACGAAAAGUAGAAUUGGCUAGAGAAAAUAUGGACAAUUGACAAAAACUAAAAGCAUCUCUGGGUUCAAAAUCUGGCCAUAUGAUCCUACUGUCUUCACUGAAGACGAUUUUAUCGCUUCUGAGUCCACUAAUAUAAAUUUAGUACAGGAUCAAUUACCCCAAGCUAAUAUUCUCCAAAAUCCAGCGAAAAGUACAAACCCAAGAUUAAAUGAGAGCAAUCCUAAUACAUCGACGCAAUCAUCAAGCACACAGUCUCAGUCCUCAGCCAGGUUGUUCAUUUUGGAACACAAUUCGAGAGGAGCAGAUUCAUUCGCCAACCCAAAAUACGUCAUUUACACUAGUUAGUCCUAAGCAGCUACUGCCGCCACCGGUUACCACAAAGAAAAACAGAAUCCAAACUGGGAAAAAAGGGAAGACUGCAGUUAUAACCUCUUGGCAUUAUAAGGAAGAGCUUGAGAAGGAAUUACAAGAAAAACAACAGAAGGAGCAACUAAAAGUCAAAAGGAGCAUCGAAGUGAAGAAAGAAGAAAAACAGAAAAUAAUUGAGGAAAAACAAAAACUGAAGAAAAAGAACAGCAAAAUCAGAUAAGACAAAAAGGAAAGCGUCCCAGACAUGAGUCAACUGACGAAAGCGACGAUGAGGACGACCCCUCAUGUCUCUAUCGCAGUGGAUUAUAUUCCGAAUCUGUAGAAGGCUGGAUGAACUGUAUAGAGUGUAAUAAAUGAGCGGAUUGCGGUUGCGCAGACGUUGAGGAUGAUGACGAUGAAGCCACGCACAUCUGUUUAUUGUGUAAACCCAAGAAAAAGUUUUAUUAGGCAAUCCAAUUUUAUUUUAGCUAAAUGUUGUUUAAUUCUUUUCAUUUUGACAUAUUAUAAACCCCAUCUUACCCCACCUAUGGGGCAAGACGGGGAAAAUCUUACUUUUUCAGUUUUCCCAGUUCAAAAAAAAAUUAAUAAAUGUUUAAUUUGUUUUCGGCUAUUAUAACCAAUGAAUACCAUAAAAUAAAAAAUA